CGCGCUCCCGUCUCUCGUUUUCCGAUCUUGGUGGUGCUUCCAUAGUUUUGUAUUUUUGUUGUUUGUAGUCUACGGCGUGCGACACCUGUAAACAUUUUACAGAAGUACCAAGGAAAUGUUGGGGACAUCGCGCAUCCUUGAGAAGGGUCCCGAGUACCUGAGGAAACAGAUGGAGCUGGAAAGUGAGGCCAAGGGGCGCGUGAGCGCAGUGACGAGACUAGCGGCCACUAAACCCCAAUACGUCAAAAGUCAGCACGUGCUCAAUCCAACUCACGAGUCGGUCGGUUCUGGCGCGGGGACUGAACAGGCGACUGCUGAAUCGGGCAUCAGUGCUGUGAAGGAAGAAAAUGUGAAGCGAAACGGCUCCAAGAAACGACCCGACUCACUUCUAUUGUACCGACAAAGGUGUGUAAGAGAGUCGUCAGGGGCGAAAAACAGAAGGAAUCUAAACAAAAAAAUCUUUCUGAACUCCCUGAAAGACAAGCCACUGCCCCAGGCAUGCUGCAGGGAAGCCGCCUCAGGGCAGAAGGCCACCGAAGACAGCGCAGCUCUGCCUGAGACAGCGCCGCAGCCAACGCCGUGCACGGGCGGGGAAGGCCAUCACCAGGACCACCAGCUACGCGCGCGCCAAGUUACUCCAAGGAGACGGAGAAACGCGACUGAAAUGAAGCGCGCGAGCCCGAGAGGGGUGACGCGCUCGCACUCUGACAUUAGUUCGCGCUACUCCAAAAACUUCGCCGACUUCGACGCCUUUUUCAAGUACUGUGGACUCGCGGAGGACGUCAUCGAUUGCAUGGGCAAGGACAACUUUUCUUUGUACUCGGAAGAACUUUGCUCCAAGAUUCGGAGUGUUAGCGUGUCGACAUCGGAGGACGGAUUCACGCGAUCUAGCGGUGACAGCGACAGGCUGCGGACGGAAGAAGCGCGAGAGAAAACUCGCCAAGACAGCCCAGAGUGAGGACCCCUGAUGUGUGCAGAGGGACAUAUGGACACACAGGGGCCACUCCCUGGAGGUGAAGGCAUUGUGACUGUCACUCUCUGAAGAGUGUCAUCUGACCAUAGGGAGGCCACGGAAGGAGGCUCACUCCCUUGGCUCAUACAGUCCGCAUAUGGUAUGCAAGCUGCAAAAGCAGCCUGUUUUGAGAUCACUGCUUGUUUGUUUUUUAGCCCUGUAAACUUACAUUGAACUUACAUUGAAGUUCUCAUGCGUGUAUCAGCUCUGAGUGCUUUUCAAAUGAGGUACAAUCCAGAGCUCAUUUAUCUCACAUCCACCUUACAGGUGCAAAAACAAACAUGUUUAAUUCUAAGGGAUAAUUAGAGGCUGGAAAAUUAUUUUGUAAAAAUUAAUUAUGUGUUUUUUAAAAUAUAAAUACACACAAAUGUUGCUAGUGGAUGUCAAAGGGAAAAAAAAUAAAUGAAAAAUGCUGGAUAUGACCCUUAAAAAGCCUUUAAAUAUUUUCUGUCAUAAAUAAGAGGAAAAUCAUUGUGUCCUGCAAUCAACUUGGUCACAAAAAAGAGUGAGAAGUAACAUACCUUCUGGGGUUUGACGGUUACUGCCAUUUACUCUGUCUUGUGGUAAUAGCA